UAUCACAAGUUCCAGGACCUUCCGAGUUCAGGAAGAAACUAACUGCCUCCCCAUUAACAUCUUGGCACAAUGGACCCAGCAGGAUCACUGUGAGUAAAUCGGAGGCUCAUUGACAUCAUGACACACAGGGACCAUGUGGGUCCUACUUGCAGCCUGAAGUUUAUGGUUCUCCUGGUGGCCCUGAGUCCAGAGCUCCUAUUCUUGGGAGUCGGAGUGCAGCUUCAAGACAAUGGCUAUGAUGGGUUACUUGUUGCAAUCCAUCCUCGGGUGUCCGAGGAUCAGAACCUCAUAUCCAACAUUAAGGAAAUGAUAACUGAAGCUUCUUUUUACCUAUUCAAUGCUACCAAGAGAAGAGUGUUUUUCAGAAAUAUAAAGAUUUUAAUACCUGCCACAUGGAAAGCUAAUAAUUACAGCAAAGUAAAACAAGAGUCAUAUGAAAAGGCAAAUGUCAUAGUGACUGACUGGUAUGGGGCACAUGGAGAUGACCCAUACACCCUACAAUACAGAGGGUGUGGAAAAGAGGGAAAAUACAUUCAUUUCACAUCUAACUUUCUAUUAAAUGAUCGCUUAACAGCUGGCUAUGGAUCACGAGGCAGAGUGUUUGUUCACGAAUGGGCCCAUCUCCGUUGGGGUGUGUUUGAUGAAUAUAACAGUGAGAAACCUUUCUACGUAAAUGGGAAAAAUCAAAUUAAAACAACAAGGUGCUCAUCUGACAUUACAGGCAUUUUUGUGUGUGAAAAAGGCCCUUGCCCCCAAGAAAACUGUAUUAUUAGCAAGCUUUUCAAAGAAGGAUGCAUGUUUAUAUACAAUAGCACCCAAAAUACAACUGCAUCGAUAAUGUUUAUGCAAAGUUUAUCUUCUGUGGUUGAAUUCUGUAAUGCAAGUACCCACAACCAAGAAGCUCCAAACCUACAGAACCAAAUGUGCAGCCUCAAAAGUGCAUGGGACGUAAUCACGGACUCUGCUGACUUUACCCACAGCUUUCCCAUGAACGGGACUGAGCUUCCACUGCCUCCCAUGUUCUCCCUUGUGCAGGCUGGAAACAAAGUGGUCUGUUUAGUGCUGGAUGUGUCCAGCAAGAUGGUGGAGGCUGACAGAUUCCUUCGACUACAACAAGCAGCAGAAUUUUACCUUAUGCAGGUGGUUGACAUUCAUACCUUUGUGGGAAUUGCCAGUUUCAGCAGCAAAGGAGAGAUCAGAGCCCAACUACACCAAAUUAAGAGUGAUGAUGACCGAAAGCUGUUGGUUUCCAAUCUGCCUACCUCUGUGUCAUCUGAAGCAGAACCCAGCAUCUGCUCAGGGCUUAAGAAAGGAUUUGAGGUGGUUGAAAAACUGAAUGGAAAAGCCUAUGGCUCUGUGAUGAUAUUAGUGACCAGUGGAGAUGAUAAGCAUAUUGGCAAUUGUUUACUCACUGUGCUCAGCAGUGGCUCAACCAUUCAUUCCAUAGCCCUGGGUUCGUCUGUGGUAGAAAACCUGGAGGAAUUAUCACAUCUUACAGGAGGUUUAAAGUUCUUUGUUCCAGAUAAAUCAAACUCCAAUAGCAUGAUUGAUGCUUUCAGUAAAAUUCCCUCUGGAACUGGAGACGUUUUUCAACAACGUAUUCAGCUUGAAAGUAUGGGUGAAGAUGUGAAACCUCACCAUCAGUUGAAAAGCACUGUGACUGUGGAUAAUAGUGUGGGCAAUGACACUACCUUUCUAGUCACAUGGCAGACCAGUGGCCCCCCUGAGAUUGUAUUAUUCGAACCUAAUGGAAGAAAAUACUACACUAAUGAUUUCAUCCCCAACCUAGCUUUGCAGACUGCUCGCCUGCGCAUUCCAGGAACUGCUAAGCCUGGGGUCUGGACCUACAUGCUGAACAAUACCCACCAUUCUCUUCAAGCCCUGAGAAUGACAGUGACCUCUCGCGCCUCACGCUCAGCUGUGCCCCCUGCCACUGUGGAAGCCUUUGUGGAAAGAGACAGCACUCAUUUUCCCCAGCCUGUCAUGAUUUACGCAAGUGUGAGAAAGGGGUUUUAUCCCAUUCUCAAUGCCUCUGUAACUGCUACAGUUGAGCCAGAGACUGGAGAUCCUAUUAGGCUGACACUUUUUGAUGAUGGAGCAGGUGCUGAUAUUAUAAGAAAUGAUGGAAUUUACUCGAGGUAUUUUUUCUCCUUCACUGUAAAUGGUAGACAUAGCUUGAAAGUGCAUGUCAGUUACUCUCCCAGCAUUGGUGGCCUAGCCCACUCGAUUCCAGGGAGUCAUGCUCUGUAUGUGCCAGGCUACAUAGCAGAUGGUAACAUCCAGAUGAAUGCCCCAUGGAAACCAGCAGGCAUGAGCGAGGAGGAGCAAAAGUGGGGCUUCACCCGAGUAAGCUCAGGGGGCUCCUUUUCUGUGCUGGGAGUUCCAGCUGACCCCCAUCCUAACAUAUUCCCACCAUGCAAAAUUAUUGACCUGGAAGCUAUAAAUGCGGAAGAGGAGCUGACUUUAUCUUGGACAGCACCUGGGGAAGACUAUGAUCAGGGCCAGGCUAACAGUUACGAAAUAAGAAUGAGUAAAAGUCUACAGAAUAUCCAGCAGGAUUUUAACAAUGCCAUUUUAGUGAAUACAUCAAAGAUAAAUCCUCAGCAAGCUGGCACAAUGGAGAUAUUCACAUUCUCACCAAAGCUUUACACAAAUGGACCUGAACAUCAACCUGAUGGAGAGACACAAGAAAGCCAGAGAAUUUAUGUGGCAAUACAAGCGAUAGAUAGGAACUCCUUAAAAUCUGCUGUAUCUAACAUUGUCCAGGCGUCUCUGUUUAUUCCCUCAGAUCCUGCUCCUGUACUUGCCAGAGACCAUCUGAUAUUGAAAGGAGUCUUGGCUGCCAUGGGUUUAACAGGAAUCAUUUGCCUCACUAUAGUUGUAAUCCACUGUACUUUGAACAGGAAAAAGAAAGGAACAAAAUUAAUAUGAACAAAGUACAGAGCACCUUCUUCUUAGAUAUAAGACCCAUGGUCUUUGCACUUUGCAAAAACAUACAAUAAAGUCAAAUUAGAACAACUAAAAA